AGAAAUAAUAUCCCCAUGCAAAUCACAAAGAACCUCUCUCUUUCUUAUGGGUGUUAAGUGGAACGAACCCAUUUUGUAGUUCCGUGACUCAUUGACACAUUUGUAGAAAAUAAAUUUAUAGUUUGUCUAUGGCAACAGAACAUACCAAGGAUAUCUUAGGGUAUGUUCUGUGAUGUCAGGUAACCUUUACUACAUAUAUUUACAGUUGAUGUGUUGGGUAUUGGGGAUUAUGACAUUAUUGACUACAUGUUCAUAGUUAUAAUAAUAUUUGUCCAAUAACGUAAGUCAAUCAAAAUACCAUCAAAUUCCUUGCAGUAAAAUUAAAGACAGAAUACGUAAGUUGAACAAAAAAAUUAAAUGGAUUCCUCAAACUUUAUUUGUUUUCCAAAAAGAGAACUAAAAGAUGAGUUAGAUAUAGAAACACCAAAUGUUGAAGGACAAGCAACCUUUGGUAAUGAAGAUUUUAAACAAAAUUCUACAAAUUUUGUAAAUACUCCUUCCAUGAUGGUAAAGGUCGAAAUUGAACCAGAUAUGAAAAAAGAGGAAACUACGGGAGUGACAAAUAUUCUCGAUCCAGAAGUAUUUAAAGUGAAACUUGAACCUCUAGAUGUACCAGAUAUAAUUGAUCAAAAUGUUAUUUAUUCAGAAAAUUUAGAAUGGAAUAUGAAUACUCAACCUGGUCCUUCCAGUUAUAAAUCAACUAGUAGAUGUCCGUUUACAUUGAAAAGUAUCAAGACUAAAAAUAAGAAACAAAAAUAUAAAUGCCCUAUUUGUGGAAAAAGUCGGGUACCUUUAUCUUCAAGUAAAAAACAUAUUAGGUCACAUUUUGGAUCACGUUGCAAUAUUUGUUAUUUGUGCGGAAAGUUUUCAAUUACAAGUUACGAAUAUCUGGAUCACUUCAAGAAACACACAACAAAACAGAAAUAUCGCACUAAACAAAUCAAUUAUUCAAAUAAAUUUAGAGCCAACGAUCAUCAAGAUAACGUAUGGGCCACCUUACAAUACAAACACUUUUUAGAUUAUCCCGACCCGAAGGAAGACGAUCACAGUGAUGGCAAAUUUAAUAGCAACGAAUUAAAAAAAAUAAACGGCAAAUGGCAGUGUUACAUUUGUUACAAGCAGUUCAUUAGAAGAGCAUACUUGAAGCAACACAUGAGGAUACAUACCGGUGAAAAACCGUUUUUAUGUGAACUCUGUCCAAAACUAUUCAUAACAAAAUCCCAUUUAAGAUAUCACAUCAAAAUUCAUACAGGAGAUAAACCGUUCAAAUGCAAUUUAUGUUCAGUGGAAUGUGUUAGUAAAUCCCAGCUAACAAUUCAUAUGAGAAUCCAUACGGGUGAAAAACCUUUUGUUUGUUCAAUUUGUUCGAAAGAAUUUAUUACAAUAUUUCACCUACGGAAGCAUACAAAAGUACACACCGGAGAAAAACCGUUCAAAUGUGAAAUUUGUUUCAAAGGUUUCGGCCAAAAGUAUUCUUUAGUCAUACAUUUAAGGAGCCAUUCGGGAGAAAAACCUUACGAAUGCGAAAUUUGCCUAAAGAGAUUUUCUCAAAAGAAGAACAUGAUUCUUCACACGGGCAUUCAUUCCGAUGAACGACCAUUCGAAUGUACCAUAUGUUUAAAAAGAUAUAGCCAGUCAACGCUGUUGGAUCGUCAUAUGAAGACGCACUCCACGGACAAACCGUUCAAAUGCGAAAUCUGCUUCAAACAAUUUUCCACCAAAUCACAUUUCAACGAACAUUUUCGAAUACAUUCGGGCGAAAAACCAUUCGUAUGUUCAAUUUGCUCCAAGUCGUUUACCCAACAAUCAAGUUUACGUAACCACGCGAACAUACAUAAGACUGAAAGACCGUUCAAAUGUGAAAUAUGCCAAAAGGGUUUCACUCAAAGAUCGAGUUUGAAAUUACAUAUGAGCAACCACACUCAAGAUAAACCAUUUGGUUGUGAAAUAUGCCCAAAACGAUUUGCUCGUAUGUCAGUUCUAAAACGCCACAUGAUUUUUCAUUCCGGCGAGAAACCUUUUAAAUGCGAAAUUUGCUCGAAGAAUUUCAGCAUAUCUUCUCAUUUAAAACAACAUUUGGUGAGUCAUACUGGGGAAAAACCGUUCAAAUGCGAGUUUUGUCCAAAACGUUUCGCUCUAAAAGCCGGCAUAACAUUACACAUGAGAAGUCAUUCUGGCGAAAGGCCGUAUCAGUGUAUUCUUUGUCCUAGAAAAUUCUCCCAGAAAUCUAAUUUAACUGUUCAUUUACAAAAUCACUCCAAAGAGGAUAGAUUCAAAUGUCGCGUAUGUCAAGAAAAAUUCAGCAACAUCGAAAAUUUGAAUCGUCACAUGACCGUCCAUACUGGCGAACGACCGUUUCAGUGCAAUACUUGUUACAAACAAUUCUCUAAAAAAGCUCAUUUGAGGGAUCACAUGAGAACUCAUACAGGGGAAAAGCCAUUCCAUUGCGAAUUAUGUCACAAGAAGUUUUCUCAGAAAUCUAGUUUGAAUGUUCAUAUGAAAAGUCACUGCCGUUAAACAAAAUUUGAUGUCAGUUAAACGCGAAAUCGGCAAAAAAAACAAUUUUGAUCCUUCUAUCACUUUAUAGUCCAGUCAUCCUAGGUCAAAUUAGUUGAUUGUUUCGGAAAAUCGACAUACCCAUUAUAUUACCAUGUAAAAAUUUGUAUGUCCCCUAACGUAACACCUCUUUUGCAAGAUAGUGUCCUAAAUUCAUUAAAAGAAACGAACUUGAAAGAUGUGAUUUUUCCACUUGCGAAAAUCUACCCGAAAAAGUUCUUGUUCGUUCAUGGAGCAACUUGUGGCCGGAUGUGACACUGUUAGAACAAUACAAAAAGAAAAGAUAGAAAAAAAAUAA